CAAAAACGCGAACUGAUCACUGAAGACACUUUCUAACUUGGACGUAAGACUUGCCCAACGCUCCGGACCUUUCCUCACGAUGUUCGGAGCCGGAAAAAGAAAGACCAGACCCCCGGCACGCUAUCGGGACGACGAAUGGGAAGUACCGUAUCAACCACAGGAUGUCUCCACUCCUCGCGAUCGCCUACGUCUCGCAGUACAGAAGGAAUGGCGAGAUGUUACUAGGGAGGUCGAGAGGCUACAGGCAGACAUCGCCGACAUGAACCUGGAGGGUGAAGACGCCGACAACGCAUCGGCAACCCCCCUCCCCCUUCCACGUCGAGGCGUCGUCGAGCGAGACUCACGCACGAUAUCGCGAGAGCUGGACCGCCAUCUUGGCCUGGCACAGAAACGACAACAGACAGCCACUAGAGAUCCGAACCGGCCUUCCCUGAAUGAAAUCCGGGCACUAAACCGCCUGGCGGGCAUCGAUCCGGUCCUCGACUACAUGGGGGAGGAUUUCGCACAACAGACGGCGCCAACGCUUCGUCACAGCGCACAACUACCAACGCAGGAGCAGUUCGAACAGGCACCCGUCACCGAGGACGACCCUGGAAAAGGUAAGCGCAAACUGCUCAGCGGACUCAGCAGAAAAGUACAUGACAAAGUCGUCAAAGAAGUGUACUGGCCUCACGAGUUCGUUUUCAAUAGCCUUACACCGGUCACAGCAGAUAACAUCACAUGGGAUCAAUUGAUUUCUGGGGAGCUGGCCAUCAUCUUCAGCCCAAAGAUAAGCGUCAUUGAGCGCCACAAUAGAUCUCUGAUAUUGCGCAAUCUCAUGUUAGAUGUCCAGGUCUACACCUUUCCCGGCAUCCGGUCAUUUUACCGGACGAUGCUCCUCCACGCAGAGAGGGCUUUGUUUGACCUCGAAUCGACACAGGUACUAACACAUCUGGCUAGGCUGAAGGAGGAGUAUUUACGACGCCCGGCAGUAUCAACAGCCACUACGGCCAACAAGAGUACUACCUCGUCCACCAAGGGACAGUCACAGGCAAGUUCACUCCAGUUCAACCCCUGCUUCAAGUUCAAUGCCGGCACUUGCUCAGAAGAAAACGAUCACCAGGGUGCCAACGGCAUUACCUUACACCACAAAUGUAAGUAUUGCACGAAGUACCGACCAGACGUGUCACUGACUCAUCCAGCUACAUCGUGCAAGUAUGCCAACAAGCAAGAACGCGAUGCCUAUCAGACAGCCAAAGCAUCGAGAGCAUGACUACAGCUCCCUUCAACGGCGGAUCCGAUAUCCUUGCAACCAGAGACACUUUACAACGACCUCUCCCAAGAUUGUCACACGCCAGAAAAAAUCUCUCAUCUUCCUUGUUUGCACAUUCCCACAGGAGAUGGCACGGCUCACGCACAGACAACAACCCAAGCAUACGCAUUGCCUCACAUUAACCCAGCCGUGACCGUCCAGUACACAAACGGUUUAGAACUAUCAACUGAUGCAGCUGCCCACAGUCAGGCCUCCACAACGGCGAUAUCAUCACAGCGGACCCCGACUUCCCCGAUGG